GUUGACCAUCCCAACAACGAAUAUCUUUAUUGCGUUGUUUCUACCUUUCCGGGGAACAAGUCAAAUUUAUUUCAUGGCUUUAUUCUUUCGCUCGUAGUAGGUUUCUUUAUAGAAUUUCUGCUGUCUAAUUUCAAGAAGAACGUUAAUCUAUUAAACAAGAUAUGCCUUUUUAUAGAAAAAACAAACAACGAUAUAAACGAUUCAGAAUUCUCAUUUACUUGCAGAAAACAGAAGAAAGCUGUCUUCAUUUCUAUAAUAAUUUAUUUAUCUUCAGUUAUAUUGUGUACAUUUUUCGUAACAUAUAUGAGACUUCUGAAGGUUAGAUCAUGGAACUACGUGGAUACAAUAUGUCUUUUACAAAUCAGCUUUCUAUGCUUACACGGCUUCGGAGUUUUAAUAUUCGAACCAUUAUUUUUUAAUACUGUGUCCAACUUAAUUUCGAGAAAUAUUAAAACAUUUCAAGAUCAUCUUCGAACAAUCGGAGUCGUGGACUUGAGAAUGUUGAAAUAUCUCCAAGAGAAACAAAGAAAUAUCUACAGAUUAAUGAAGUUAUUCAACCAAUCUGUUGAUGUUCCCGCUUUGGUUUUUUUCAUUAUUAUUUUAAUAAACGAAACAAUGAUCAUCUGUGUAAUAUUAUUUACUGAGGUUCCUACUUAUUUCCUCCUAAUUUUAUACGCAAUUGGAGUUUUAAAUUUUCUUUCCUGCAUAUCAUAUAUGGCAAUUGAAAUUCCGUUAACAGUAGAGAUUCGUAAAAUAUAUGGCUUACUAUACUCCACUUAUUUGGAAUCGAUCGAUUUUCAACAUGAACAAUUGAUACACCACAUGAUUCUGUUAGACCGGAACGGCGGUAGAGAAAUAACUUGUAUGGGUUUCUUUACUUUCGAUAGGCAAUUCAUCAUGACCAAAUCUAGUUCGACACGUCCAGUAAUCUUACACAAGUCGAUACUCGGGUAUUACCGGAACCUUUGCCAAGAGGUAGAAGUAUAAUUCCCAUUAAAUUUAGUGGAAAUCCACCAACUCAGCACUCAUUACCGAAGAAG